UUCAUCCCUGCUCUUCUCUCUGUCUCUCUCUGGAUUCUUCUAACUAAGCAUAGACAAGUAGAAAACUUCAAACCUCGAUGGAAAGUUUGUUGCUUGAAGUAGCUGUUUUUCUUUCAUGCGGUGGUGUAGGAUAUUAUCUCUUCGGCCGUAAAAUUAGAAGGAGAGCUGACUACUUGGACAGUAUAACCCGUGUACACGAUCUAAAUCGGUUAGAUGAUGAGUUGGUUGCAAAAAACACCACGAGUCUCAUUGUUGUGGUAUCCGGAAGAGUUGGUUCUGCAGCGCCCCUUAACUGCAAGAAUAAUGGUCUCUUGGCUGUUCUUGUGAAGGAACAGGCCAAAGUGGAUUGUGAGAUUGAGUUAGAAGAUGGUGGUUUGGUAAAGACGUCUCUAAACUUUCUGUUACGUCAAGAGGAGACUCCUUGGUAUCUAGAAGAUAAUACGGGUCAUCAGGUGAAUGUACUGGGAGUUGAAGAUGCCGUAGGAUUUCAUGGUAUUUUUAAUUACUAUCCAUUUGAUAUGCCAGCAAGUGAACUCUUCGAAGGGGUUGUUUUACCCCAAGGCACAAAGGUGCUUGAACAUAAUUGUCAUGGGCGUGCUCUUAAUAUUGGUACUUACUUGACUUUUGUUGGCAAGGCUGUAAAAGACAAAGCUGGGAAUCUCGUGAUUCAAGGACCCAAGGGACGAUCUCUUCGGGUCUCCAAAGGAGAGGGCUCAUUUGAAAGUAUGGUUGAUAGACUGAAGUCAAAAUCAGAGGCUUGGAUCAGGAUGGGGCUGAUUUUUGGAACGCUUGCUGUGACUUUAUUCGUCAUGUAUGGUGUGGUAUAUCUAAGAAAAGCAUUGCUAGAAGAGUUAGAUAGAAGAUCAAAGAAGAAGUCUAAAUCAUACAGCGGGACAACCCAUCAGCGAGAAAAAUCAGACACCAGCCCUUUGCCCGUAGGAUUAGCUUGCCUUCUGGUUGAAGAUUGUUGAAACGCUUGGAGUGUUGCAAAGAUACAAAGGAGGAAUCUUUUUUAGUUUGUAGCCUUAUAUAUUUUAGUUAUGUUCAUGGAUUCAGUAUAUAAUACACUUUGUUUUGGGUCAAUUAUUUUAUAUAUAUAUGUUUUUGUU